AAAAAGAGGAAAAAGACAGACUGUAUUUUAACUACCAAACAAAUCCAAAGCUCUCUCUUUCUCCGCCACUCUCCGAUCUCUCUCCCCCUGAAUUUUGUGUUUGUGUUUAUAAAUAAUUGCUGUAUAUAAACACAUACACAUACUCAUUGACACUACUUCCAAUUUCAGGUAGCAUAUUCUAUUUACUAACUAAAUGGACGCGCUUUUGCCGGUGAUCAAUCCGGGAUUAGUUCAUUCGCCGGCGAGUACUUUCCGUGAUCAUGGGUUUAUGUUCUUCGGGUCGAUUGGACCGUUUAAGAAUUCGAAUCUGAUCCGGAUUCCGAGGAUUGUGAAGGUGAAAGCGGCUGCGCACAAUCAGGCUUCUACUGCUAGUAGUGCACCGAGUAUUGAUUUCAGCGAUCCAGAUUGGAAGUCAAAGUACCAGCAAGACUUUGAGGCGCGUUUCAACAUCCCGCACAUCACUGAUGUCCUCCCCGAUGCCAUUUCUUACCCCUCCACUUUCUGCCUUAAAAUGAGGACUCCAAUAAUUCCAGAUUUUGCAGAACGUUAUCCUUCAGACGAGGAAUGGCACGGUUAUGUUAACAAUAACGACAGAGUACUGCUUAAGGUCAUACAUUAUUCUUCUCCUACCUCUGCAGGUGCUGAGUGUAUUGAUCCUGGUUGUACAUGGGUGGAGCAAUGGGUUCACCGUGCUGGUCCCCGAGAAAAAAUAUACUUCAAACCAGAAGAGGUAAAAGCAGCAAUUGUUACUUGUGGAGGACUUUGUCCCGGUCUUAAUGAUGUCAUCAGACAGAUUGUCAUCACCCUUGAAAUAUAUGGUGUGAAAAAGAUUGUGGGAAUUCCUUUUGGUUAUCGUGGGUUUUCUGAGGAAAGUUUAGCUGAAAUGCCAUUAUCCAGGAAAGUGGUUCAAAACGUCCAUCUCUCCGGUGGAAGCUUGUUAGGGGUCUCACGUGGAGGACCUUCAGUCAGUGAAAUUGUUGACAGUAUGGAGGAAAGAGAGAUUAACAUGCUCUUUGUGCUGGGUGGAAAUGGUACACAUGCUGGGGCUAAUGCAAUACAUGAAGAGUGCAAGAAAAGACGGUUAAAGGUAGCCAUCGUUGGUGUGCCAAAAACCAUAGAUAAUGAUAUCCUGCUUAUGGAUAAAACUUUUGGUUUUGAUACGGCUGUUGAAGAAGCGCAGAGAGCAAUUAAUUCUGCAUACAUUGAGGCACAUAGUGCUUAUCAUGGUAUUGGGAUUGUAAAAUUAAUGGGCCGUAGUAGUGGAUUUAUAGCUAUGCAGGCAUCGCUUGCAAGCGGACAAAUUGAUAUAUGUUUGAUUCCAGAGGUGCCUUUUAAUCUACAUGGACCUCAUGGUGUCUUGAGUCAUCUCAAGUAUCUUCUCGAGACAAAGGGAUCUGCCGUAGUCUGUGUUGCUGAAGGAGCUGGGCAGGAUUUUCUUGAGAAAAUCAAUGCUACAGACGCAUCGGGAAACAUUAUAUUAGGAGAUAUUGGCGUCCAUAUACAACAAGAGACAAAAAGGUACUUCAAGGGGAUUGGGUUUCCAGCUGAUGUAAAGUACAUCGACCCAACAUACAUGAUCCGUGCAUGCCGUGCAAAUGCAUCAGAUGGAAUUCUCUGCACUGUUCUUGGUCAAAAUGCUGUCCAUGGUGCAUUUGCUGGAUAUAGUGGCAUCACAGUGGGGAUAUGCAACACUCACUAUGUCUAUUUUCCGAUUCCUGAGGUCAUUGCCCAGCCCAAGGUUGUCGAACCCGACAGCCGUAUGUGGCAUCGUUGCUUGACAUCAACUGGACAACCGGACUUCGUGUAAGUAAAAGGUGAUGUAACUUAUUCUCAAGAAACCUUUGUUUCAUAUUGUAGAUUAGAGGAGGAGGAUUGCCAGCUUCAGGAGGAUUCUUUCCCAAAUUUUGAGGUGUAUAGCAUUCACAGUGUUCUGCACUGACAAUAAAAUCGCUAAAAUACUGAGAAAUGAAAUUUGUAAUUUAAAGAGACUAGUUUAUAUUACUCAAUAAUUCCUUGUUACCAUGUAAACUAGUUUCUGCUGAAGGUAAAUUACUUUAUUAUGCUUUAUGAAAUAAAAACAGUUGAUGAACAAGGCACUGUAAAUUGUAUGACAGUUACAAUUUAUCAUACCAUUCAGUGCUAUUCGAGUC